AUGAAAGCAUCGAACAGGCCUAGUCAUCACACAGCGGCCGCCGCCUUCCUCCCAUCAUGGUACUAUCGGGUCGCCGCUCUCAGAUUUGAGUGUGACUGCCAGUUCGAAGACGGCGAUGACAUGGAUUCUUAUGAACACGAGUCAGAGAGAUCUUACGACGGGUCUGAUGCCGACUACUACCACGACUUGAAGGAAGAGCGCGAGGAGAGGAAGCGCGAGAAGUUGCAGGAGCGGGUAGAGAAAGAGCGAGAGCAAGGAUUUGAGAGAACCAAGGAAGAGCAGGUUUGUGCCGCAUAUAAAUCUCUCAGGAAGAUUAGGAAGGAACAUAAGACUAUUCCUGUUGGACCAUUUGCGGGCCACGGGUUUAAGCUGUUCUGCAGCGAUCAUGUCAACCAUUUUCACUCCGAUCUCUAUGCGAUCAAACGAGUCGACAUUUACCUCGUAGACGACAUGUACGACGUCCUGAAUGAUUUCUAUUGGGACAGGCAGAAGCCUAGUGGUGGAACUGGCGUAUUAUAUGGAGAUGUGUACCUUAAUGCGGAAGCGAAUUGCAACCUUGGGCCAUUCCGCCCUCCAAAACGCGCGAGCCGGAAAUCUGUCAAGGUCAAGAGCCACGACGGCAAGUAUGAGCUGUCGUUCAAGCUCAUCGGCAACGGCUACUUGAAGCUCAGGGUCUCUCGCGAGAUGGUGUUCAUGGGGCUAUACGGUAGAACCCCUUCUACGGCUCCGCCGCCCACUGCUCCAGAAUUGUUCAAAUUUGUCGGCAUCUGGCGCGAUCCGGAGGAGAAGGCGGAACGGCAGGAGAGGAUGGCGAAAAUGCGCCACUCAUCACCCCGCGAACCUUGGUUUGAGACGAGCCAUCCCAUGGAGGCUUGGAAUUCGGGAUGGUAG